AUGGCAAUUCAUUUGAGCAGUGAGGUUACAAGAGUGCUGGAAGCCAAUUUAUUUUCAAACCCACACAAGAUUGCUUUGAAAAGAGUUCGUUUCUUUAAGAAGUGGACGACCAGGGCAGAAGAGUUGCGAGAGCAAGAAGCCGCAUUGAAGCAGAACAUGCCUCUUCACCUUUCCAAGUUGUUAGCGGCCAAACGCUUGAAACUUGUUGAAGAGAUGCUGGAAGAUUGCGGUUUCCCCGACGCGAAGCUAGUGGCCGACAUUUCACAUGGCUUCAAACUCACAGGUUGGUUGAAUCAAACUGGAAUUUUCCCGAGGCACACCAAGCGGCCGCAGUUCUCAGUUGAAACAUUGCGGAAGCUGGCCAAAGGUCUGAACAAAAGCAUCAUUUCUCAAUUGCAAUCUUCAGGUUUCGAAGACGACAUAGUGAAGAAAACCUGGGAGCUGACCAAAGAAGAAGUGGAUGCUGGCUACAUUUGGGAGGACCAUGCCAAUGACAAAUGGAGCUGCCUAGCCAAGAGGUUUGGUUUGGUGCAAAAAGAGAAAAUUCGCAUGAUUGACGACUGCACCGUUGGUGGGCUCAACAAGACUAUUGGGGUGGUGGAAAAAUUUAGGAUUCACUGCUUGGAUGAGAUGGUUGCAUACCUAGCGUGGUUCUUGCAGCGCGCAAGAGAAACGGGCAGCGCUAUUGAUCUGUUGGGUCGCACCUAUGAUCUCAAAUCGGCCUAUAAGCAAUUCGGGGUUUGUGAGGACGACCGUGACUUCGUAUUGCAGUUCGCCGCGGCCCAGGAAGCACAGUACCCAGGUCCCAUGUGUGAACAACUCGUCAAGUUUUUGGACGGCGAAUGUGCAUCAUUAGGUAGCAAGCUCUUGCGUUCCGAGAAAAAGGGGGAUAAGUUCGUGUGCAUUUCUGGCAUUUAUCACACUGAAGCAGAGUUUGUCAAGUUGGCCACUGCACUUUGGCACCCGUUCGACAUGGCUGUACAUAUGCCUGACUCCAUGUUGAAGUGCCUGUACGAUCACUUGACCUUAUCUCCAGCAGAGUUAGUCAAGAAGAGAAUACGUGUCUUCAGUGAGUGGACGAGUUGGGCAAAAGAUUUGCAGCGUGAUGAAAUUGCCUUGAAAAACCCCAUGAACCCUGAUGCCAGAGUGUUGCUCACACAAAAACGAAUCAUGCUGAUGAAGAAGGUGGCUCAGAGCAUGGCAUGGCCAGACCUUGCCGUCUUUGAUGAAAUGUCUCAGGGUUUUCGAAAUUCCGGGUCUGCCACUAAGUCGAACAUUUUUCAAACAGGCUUGAAAGCUGCUUCCAUGAGCGAAGAGCAACUCAUGAGGGACACUAACUUCAUGAGGCCGGCCUUGUUAGGAAAAAUCCGAUCGCAACGGGAUGACGAAUUCUCGCGUGAGUUGUUUGAGAUGACGGUCGAAGAAGCUUCGAACAAACGCUGGUUGCAGGGACCACUGACCCCCACUCAGGUCAGCGACGUGGUUGGUGAUAAGUGGAUGCCCGUUCGCAGAUUCGGAAUUUUGCAAAAAGAGAAGUUGAGACCCAUAGAUGAUUUUAAAGAAAAUCAGGUAAACGACACCUUUUCGCGCGCAGAGAAGGUAACGCUGUAUGCUCUUGAUUACUUGAUUUGGGCCGUACUUGCAUUGGUUCGUUUGUAUAAGAGUGGAGGGGAGUUUAGCUACACCUUGUCCACAGGAGAGCGGCUUGUAGGUCACGUGCACCAAGAUUGGCUUUCUUGUGACUCCGAAUUUCUCAUCACGGCCCUUGAUUUGAAAUCUGCUUAUAAACAGCUUCCUUUGCAUCCUAAGGACCAGGCGAAAGCUGUUGUGUCUUUGUGGAGCCAUCAACACAACGAUGUGCGGUGCUUUGUAACUAAGACUCUCCCUUUUGGGGCUGCAGGCAGUGUUCACAACUUCCUUAGGGUUAGUGCCUUUCUACACGCUGCUGGGUGUCAGUUAGGAAUUUUGUGGAGCAACUACUUUGAUGAUUUCCCUAUCGUCACGCACCAGAAGAACACUUCUUCAACGAUGGUGGCAGCAAAGGGAUUGUUGUCUUUGUUCGGUUUCACUUAUGCCCAAGAUAAGCUGAACCCUUUCGGUAAGCAAACCGAAGUGUUGGGGGUGGUUGUGGACUUAGCUGACACACCGAAGGGCGCUGUCCGAGUGACCAACAAACCUUCUCGCGUGGAUGAUUUGACAGUUGCCUUGAAUGAUAUUCUCGGUGCUGGAAGUGUUGUUCCUUCUCAGCUUCCGAGUAUUUUGGGUAAGCUGCAAUAUGCCGACGCUCAGGUUUGGGGUAGGGCAGGCCGUUUGGCCUUGGCUCAGUUGAGGGAGUUGGGUCACACUUCCACUCAGCGUGUGCAAUUGGACCCUUGCCAGUUGCAGUCCUUUGACAUUCUCAAGCGGAGAUUGUGCAGCGGGAAACCGCGAAAGUUCGUGGCCGAUGUUGUGGAAAAGCCUUGGAUCAUAUUCUCGGAUGGAGCCCUCGAGUACAAAGAUGGAAAGGCAAUUGCUACCAUAGGAGGGGUCGCUUUUCCUCCAGGAGGCAGGCCUGAGGUCUUUGGUGGCUUUGUGCCGGAUGAUCUCAUGAGUCGUUGGCAAGCCGGGGGAAAGACGCAUGUGAUAGGUCUUGUUGAGCUUUAUGCCGGGAUUGUCUCUUUGCUUCAUUGGAAGCCUCGCAUCACUUCGUCAAGGGUGAUCUUGUUUGUUGACAAUUGGCCAGCUCUCGAUGUCCUCGUGAAAGGCACUUCAAUAGAGCCUGAGUGGAGGGACAUGCUCUUGUGUAUUGAGGACCCAGAAGAGGACCAGUUCAUGCUGUGGUUGGCCCGCGUUCCGUCUCCUUCAAACCUCGCUGACCACCCCAGCCGCGGGAUCUCUUCCACAUCUGCAGGACUAAACUUCAACGUCAGCACGCCGGAUGGACAGGUGCUCCAACUGACUUGUCCAGAUGGUGUUUCUGCAGGGAUGGUGGUGUCCUUUGCGUACUUCCCGUUGGAAGAACAUCAAGAUGACUUGGGAACUGAAAGCAUUGCAAUGCAUGAAGAUGACCGUUUGCGAUUGGAGGAAGGAGCAGCCAUUGCCGCGGCUCGGCAAGAAGAGCUGAACGCGGCAGGGGUUGUGAUGGCUGUGCCUCCACCUCCGACAGAAGAAUUCGAAGGUUUUUCCUUUCCACCUGCCACAUUUGCUGCAGGACAGAAUGCUAUAGUGACCCGUUCCAGUGGCGAGGAAUCUGGAUGCUACAUAUUAGAGGUGUUCCUCACAGCCUUGGGGCCACUUUACACUGUGUACCUCGGUUCAGCCGAAGAUGGUACGUACAUUACAAAGAAUUGUGAAGAGUCCGAUUUGCGGGCGUGGACGUGA